AUGUUAUGCACUCACCGUAUUUUUAUUUCCACAAUCAUCCUUGUGCAGCCUUACUGGAUAGUGGAAAUAUAUGCCACCUUUGCCUUCUUCAACGACCUUCCUAACCGCAACCUUUUCUCAAAAACGAGGCCCAUCGAGACCAUCUUCCGCGACCCUUGGUGGGUCGCCGCGUGCAUCAAGCUGAUCUGGACGCUCAAGCGGCACUACGAGAUGACCUUCACCCAGGUCGUCGUAAUUUCUCCGAGGUUCGCCGUCAUGCUAGCCGCCAUGGCACUGAGCAUUAUUUUCUGCCUCCUCGAUAUUGUCUCCGUCACAGGCGCGCUGGGGGACGCCCUGCCCACGGGGGUGAACCCGUUCUGGAAGCUGGCGUUGGUUUUCAAGUGUCUCACAGACACUCUCGUGCUGGACGACUUCAAGACAGCACUGGACAAGCUGUGGACAUUGAGGAGGGAGAGUCUUGGGUCUGGCACGCCACUGGUACCGAGGCAAGAUGCCACAACCGUUAAGGCCCGGCCUGAUGGGGCAGGCCAUCUACAACCUCCAAGUAGCGUUCGCGGAAUUGUUUAG